AUGACUACUCGUGAUUAUUCACAAAAAAGGAUUCUAUCAAAUGAAUCUUUAUCAGGAUCACAUUCAGUAAAAAAAACACGUAAUGAAGUGAAAUCUGUUUUUGGACAAUUGAAUAUUUCAUUUCAAUAUUCCAUUAUUUGGUACAAUGAGCAACAGAAGAAUCCUUUAGAAUAUUACAACAUAAAUACGAAAUUUCGUCGUGGUAUUAUUGAUUAUUUAGAAUGUUUUGUUAAUAUAAACGAAUACAAGAAUUAUAUUGCAUCGUUAACGAAUGAUCGACCACAUAUUAUUAUAAUUAUUUCAAUUUUUACUUCCACAGAACUAAUCGAUAUAUUUAAUUGUUUAAAAUCCAAUGAUUUAAUCUAUAUUCAUCAAGGAGAAUUCAAUUCAGAUGUAACCCCGUCACUUGCUCAAUCUCAGAUUAGGGGUACCUAUGAUGAUUUAACACAGUUAUUUUCAGACGUUUCCAAAGAAGCAUCUAUAAUGAAUCGUGAAAAUUUCAUAUGUAAAACAAAUAUAAGUUCAAAUUCUUCGUGUAUUGUCAAUGACCGUACUACAUGUUUUGAAGCAGGUUCAAAUAAUGAUUAUUUCGUUAAUUUUCUUGAUAUGUUAAUGGAAACUGAAGCAAGUCCAAGUGGAAAACAAGUGUUUGUAGAAGAAUGUCGUCGUUUGUUUGAAAAUCAACAAUCAAUACUUCGUAUAGUUGAUGAAUUUGAUCGAACUUAUGUAUCUGAUCGAGCUGUAUAUUGGUAUACACGUAAUGGAUUUCUAUAUACAUUGGUUAAUCAAACGUUGCGUCAGCAGAAUAUUGAAGCAUUAUUAUUUUUACAUUUCUUUAUUCGAGAUUUAGAUCGACAGUUACUUUCUGAAAUUCAAGAACCUGAAGAUUAUGAUUGGAAGAAACUAAGUGAUCUUUAUCGCGGUCAACGCAUGUCGACAGUUGAAAUUGAAAGUUUGAAAUUAAGUUACCAACAAGGUGUGUUUCAGAGUUUUGUUUCUACAACAAUAAAUAUCGAAGUAGCACGUAUGUUUUCUGGAGGACGUGCCAUAGCAAAAGAUGAUCCUGUACAACCCGUUCUUUUCUAUUUUGAUUGUUCUCAAUUGAAACUUUCGCGAGGUGUUGCUAAUAUUCAACAUCUCAGUGAUAAUGAUGCAGAAGAAGAAGUUCUGUUUUCUCCUUUAUAUAGUUUUUCAGUUCGAGAUGUCGACUAUGAUGAAGACGAACAUGUUUGGAAGGUUCAAUGCUCUAUGAAUGGUGAUGAAACAAAUCUACCAUUAUUAUUGCAUCAACGUUUAAUUAAACUUGAUAUUGCAGUUCGAAUUUUAAUAUCUACUACUGCUUCUUUUAAUAGUGAUUCAAAUGAAGAAAUAUGUCAACUAUUUACUAAUGGUAUGAUGACUCUGCUUGAUGAACUUGUCAUUCCUGAAGGAAAUAUAGUAACGUUAGAUGAAAAUGCUCAGGUGCAAAAGAAUACAAAACAUGCAGUUACUGCAUUAUUUCUUCUAAAAGGACUUAAAUCUUUCAAUACAAACUCACUCGCUCACAAACCAGCUAUUUCCAAUGAUACAUUUGCUGCACUUUGGGAUUGUUUAGCAACGAUGUAUAAAGAAAGAGGGGAAUUUCAACGUGCUCUAGAUUAUUUUGAAAAAGCACAAACUUAUUCUAUUGAAAACAUGCCAAUCGUUAUCGCACGAAAGAUAAAUAUAGCUCAAGUGAAUAGAAUGAUAGGUCAAUACGCACGAACUUGGUCUAUCUAUCAAGAAUUAUUAGAUGAAUGCAUUCAAAGUCCAGACAAAGAUAACUUCAAUAUUUUCUCUCAGAUUGCUACAGAUAUACCUGAUGUUGAGUCAGAACAUGCAAUGGAAAUUUGGUAUCCAAAUAUAUUCAAUUAUCUAGAAUAUGUUUAUACUCAAUGUCAAGAAAAAGCUGAAAGCAAACCAUUAUUUAACGAUGAACUUAGAAUAAGAUAUCGAGCUCUUGGACACGCUUAUUGGUAUCUUGUUCAUAAUGAAGAACAAACUCUUGUUUGUUAUAAUCGUUGGAAAGAACUUCUUGAUGAAAAGAAUGAAUCCUUAGGUGAAUUCUUCAUGUAUUUAGCUCAUGUAUAUUAUAAUGGCAAUCCAAUACGAGCAAAAAGUCUAUACGAACAAGCUAUUGUCGAGUUAUCGAUUGCUGAAGAAGCAUGGCCUAUGGAACUUGCUAUUUGCUAUAGUCGAUUAGGUUGUUUACAGAAAACAAAACGAUUUUUUAUUCGACGCUUCUACCUACUGAUCUACGUUAUAGAUCUUAGUAUUUUACAGCGAAAAUAUUUAGAAGAAGCAGGUGAAUGUUAUCUAUAUUUAGCAAAGAGUUAUGAUGAACAAAAUCUAAUAAUUGAUAAAACAACAGCUGAACAAUAUUGUCAACAGGCAUUACGUUUAUUUUUGAAUGUCAAACCUCCUACUUCUAAUUUUCGAGAAAUGAAAGAAUGUAUAACACAUCUUAUCACUCUUCAAGAAAACCAUACUGAAAAUAAUUUCUUACAAAAAAUAUAUGAUGAACCACCAGUGAAUGAACAACAACUGAAACAAAUGCUGGAACAAACUUUGCGAACUCUAAAUGGUCAAAAAUUUCAAUCAGAAUUGAUUGAUGAGGAAAUCGGGGAUGAAAACUCUGACUAG